GUCUGAAAAUGAUUUAUAAAGCCAAGACUUGUAUCCUAAAAUGCUUUGAAGCGCGCGUUUGACUGCGAUCGCUUCGCUUUGCCUGCCUUUUCUCUUCUGAAAAGGGAUUUUCUUUGCCUGCCUUUUACAAAGUUCCUCUGCCUUUAUGAAUGGGGCAGCAUUAUAGCAUAAGCGAGAAUUUAUGAUUUUGGAAAUAAAAUUAAACUGGAAUCUGGAAAAAUACCACAAAACUGUCAACAGCUUUCCUAGUAAGAAUUUGAAACUGAAAACCUGAAACCAGAACAUCACAAACACCGCAAAGACAACCACUGCUCAAACAACAUAGGAUGCUAGAUUGUGGCAGAUGGCUAUUCCAAUUCUACAACCUGAUAGAUUUGUUACAAGUUCUAUGCAUAAUGCCAAACUACCCCACUUGAAUGGCUUGCGGAGAUGUGACAAUGCAAGGUUAAAUGACUUUGGAAAGCAUUUGCCAUUAUUGUCAAUACACCAAAAGAAGAUUUCUACCAAACAAAGGAAGCUCAAUGGAACUUUUCUGGGUUCAAACGAUUGUAGAUUUAUUGUAUCAGCCAUUGGGGGUGGUUCUAAAGAUGGUAUUACAGAGAGUGAGACUAUGAAAGCUGCACUGGAAGAAGCCAAUGCAAGAGCAGAAGCUGCAGAAAAGGGCAGGAAAAAAGCAAUUGAUGAAUUAGGUCGAGCUGAAGCCAAACUCCAGGAAUAUGCUGCUAAUUUGGUUAGCAAUACUGAGUUAGCUGUAGCUGAACUUAAUGCUGCUAAGGAUACUUUUCACCAACAACUUCAGCACCUACUUGAUGAGAAACUGGCUAUAAAAUCUGAGCUGGUACUUGCAAAGCAGGAUGCUAUUGAUUUGGCCGUACAAGUUGAGAGGUUCGCAGAAAUCGCUAUCCAGGAAGCCACUGCCCAUAUUGUUGACGAAGCCAAUUUAAGGGUGUCUACUGCAGAAACUUCUGCUGCAGAAGUAACUCAGCAGGUGGAAGAAAAACUACGAAAUGCUGCUGAUGGAAUUGUUUCAACUGUGGUAACAGAAUCAAAGGGUGCGAUGAACAAGUCUUUAGCCAUUGCUGAGGUGGCAAGAGAGAAGGCGAACCAAGCUCAGGCAGCCCUUGCCGAGAGGUCAAAUGUGCUUGAUAAACUAUUCAACUCUGAAUCUUCUAAUAUAAGUUUGAAAACUACUGUCCAUGAUCUGGAAAGGGAGUUGCGGCUAUCCCAAAAUAAAGUCGAAAGAUUGCAAGCUGAGUUAAAGGCAGUUGAAGCUCGUCUAAAUGCUGCGGAAGCUAGGGCAGCUGCAUCGGAUAAGGCAUUGCUGGAAUUUCAGGAGUCUGCCAAUAGGGCUUCCUCUGCACAGGAAGAGGCUGCAAAAAAUGCAUUAGACUUUUUUAAAAAAGCAUCAGCAGGAAGGGAAGAGGCACUAUUGAGGACUUAUAAACUUGAAAUGGAAAGUAUGGUAUCUGCACUUGAUGCUGCAAAGAAAGCAGAAAGCAUAAAGGAGAAAGCAUAUCUCAGAAGGUUUGAAGCUCUUGAAAGAGCUCUAAAUGCUGCCGAAGCUUCUGUAAAAGCUUGGAAAGAGAGAUCACAGACAGCAGAGUUGCUUUUGCAUAAGGUUAAGGAAGGUGAAGGUGAAAGCCAAGAAACAGAGUAUGUGCUAAAUGGAGGGAGAAUGGAAUUCUUGAUAAGAGAUGAUAAAAAAAGGUGGAACCUUUUGGCACAUGGUCCUAGAAGAGAAACACCAGAAUGGUUGGCUCAAAGGAUGGAUGGUGUUUGUCCGAACUUUCCUCCCAUUAAGAUUAAUGUUCCUGAACACAGGAUUGAGGCUGCCAUACCAUUGGAUUUGCCUAAAGUGGAAGAAGUAUGGUCAAUUGCUAAAGAAAGAACAAAAGAAGAUGACAUGUUUACAAAACGAGCUGUUGAACAAGAGAUUAUAAAAAAACAACGAAAAACUCUGGAACGUGCGUUGCAGCGAAAGACCGUUCACAGACCAAGAAUUCCUGAAGAGACAAAAUUAGAACCUGGUACAGGAACUGGGCGAGAGAUAGUGUUACAAGGUUUCAAUUGGGAAAGCUGUAGAAGGAAAUGGUACCAGGAGCUGGCUCCUAAAGCUGCAGAUUUGUCUCAGAGUGGGAUAACAGCUGUAUGGUUUCCACCACCAACUGAAUCGGUUGCUCCUCAAGGUUAUAUGCCUUUGGACUACUAUAAUCUGAGUUCUGCCUAUGGUACUCAGGAGGAGCUCAAGCAGUGCAUAGAGGAAAUGCACAAUCACGACCUUCUGGCUUUAGGUGAUGUUGUUUUAAACCAUCGUUGUGCUCAGAAACAGAGUCCAAAUGGUGUAUGGAAUAUUUUUGGGGGGAAGCUUUCUUGGGGUCCUGAGGCUAUUGUUUGUGAUGAUCCCAACUUUCAAGGUCGUGGCCAUCCUUCAAGUGGUGAUUUCUUUCACGCAGCACCAAAUAUUGACCACUCUCAGGAUUUUGUACGGAAAGACAUCAAAGAGUGGUUAAAUUGGUUGCGGACUGAUAUUGGUUUUGAUGGCUGGCGUCUUGAUUUUGCCAGAGGUUUUUGGGGUGGCUAUGUUAAAGAAUACAUUGAGGCAUCAAAUCCUGCUUUUUCUAUUGGUGAAUAUUGGGACAGUUUGGCAUAUGAAGGUGGAAAUUUGUGUUAUAAUCAAGAUUCUCAUCGUCAACGCAUUAUUAAUUGGAUAAACGCUACACAAGGCACUUCAUCAGCAUUUGAUGUAACUACAAAGGGAAUUUUACAUUCUGCAUUGCACAAUCAAUACUGGAGGUUGAUUGAUCCUCAAGGAAAGCCAACUGGUGUAAUGGGAUGGUGGCCUUCACGGGCUGUUACAUUUUUAGAGAACCAUGACACUGGUUCAACACAGGGACAUUGGCCAUUUCCUCGUGAUAAGCUUAUGCAAGGAUAUGCAUACAUUCUCACACAUCCAGGAACUCCAGUUAUUUUCUACGAUCAUUUCUACGAUUUUGGUCUGCAUGAUCCAAUUACAGAGCUAAUUGAUGCCCGUACUCGUGCUGGAAUUCAUUGCCGUAGUCCAGUGAAAAUUUUCCACGCCAACAAUGAAGGAUAUGUUGCACAAACUGGGGAAAACUUGGUAAUAAAGUUGGGACAGUUUGAUUGGAAUCCUUCCAAGCAAGAUAUUUUAACUGGUAGCUGGCAGAAGUUUGUGGACAAGGGUGCAGACUAUAUAGUAUGGCUAAGAAAAUAAGCUCCCCGAAACUCAAAAUUCGCAGAACAUAUUUCCAGUUCAUUGGAGUGGUGGUUUCAAUGAAAAAAGAACCGCGGCUCAAUAAGAAAUAUUCAUCUACACAAGCAGUUAUCAAGUCUAAUGUUGAUUGUUUGUGUUCUGGACCUGCUCAUCCAGGCUUGUGAAUAUUUAUUUUUUACAACAGUGAUCUCUACAUUGAUCAGAACUUUAAAAGAAAAGAUCUUGAGAACAUGAUACAUUUAUUUGGAAUACUGCAAGCUAGUCUUUUCCUCUCAAAAUUAGAAUUUCUUUUCAAUAAGGUAAAAGAGUACAAGUUCUGUACAGGAGAGAUUCCUAAUGGAAUACACUUCUUCAAUGAGAAACAAUUCUCUGAUGUCCAAUUGUGAAAUAAAAUGUAGAUUUGAAUAAAUACCCUUUGAAAGGAAAAGAUAGAACUACGAACCAUUCGAGUAAUCAAACUCAAAUAUACAUAGCACUUAGCAGUAUUCAAGCUUCUAGAGCUGGAAGAUUUCCAGAAGCGUAAAGUUAUUUCAUUUUCCAAUAUAAAUAUAUCAAAGAUCCACGUAGCAAUGGAAUUCCC